AUGAUUUUCAACAAUGCCGCGAAUCGUGCUAACCCAUGCCUUCCGCCUCUGCCACCACUUCCACCCGCAUUUGGACUGGAUGGCUUCGAGGUCGAAAUUCCCCAAAUUCCAGAGACAACAUCGGGAUCAGGACGGUCUUGGUUUGAUCGGGGAUUAACUAACAAUGCGGUCGCUUUAAGGAGUAUUGCUACUUUACAAAAUAGAAAUACAAACCUACAAAGGGAAAAUGGACGAUUGCGAAAUCUAGGUGAAUCAUGGCAAAGGGAAGCUGGACGACUGCGAAAUCAAGAUGCCAGACUGGACAGACAGGAUGAGCGACAAAAUCAGAUUAUUGAGGAACUACGUGGCCAGUUGACCGAAUUGAGGAGACGAGAUGAGCAGCAUACGCAAACGAUUCAAGGGCUCAGGGAACAGGUAGAAGGAUUGGGUGAAAAGGAUCAGAUGAUUGAUGACCUAUGCAUUCAAGUCUCGGAGUUAAGGAGGGAAGAUGCUUUACAUGCGCAAACUAUUCGAGAACUUAGAGAUCAGGUAGCUAAAGCAGGUGAGAAGGAUCAGACAAUUGAGAGACUACAAACCCAAUUGUCAGAGGUAAGGAGGGAGAACGACUCACAUACACAAACCAUCCAAGGACUCAGAGAUCAAGUAGCCAAGCUACUCGAUAACCCAUCCAUCGAGGACCUCGGUACUCAAAUAACCAACCUAUCAGAGACCAUUGAUCAAAAAAACCACAUCAUCCAAAACCUCCACAAGCAAAUAAGCAUCCUCACCGAACAGCACAGCAAACAAGUAACGGAGCUCCGCUCCCGCCUCACCACCAUCUCGAAAGAGAACGACGAGCGCGUAAACAUCAUGUCAGAACUACGCGUCAAGCUCACGGGGGAGAGUGAAAAAAAUAUGAAGCACGAAUGGACCAUUUCUUCUCUGCGCAAUCGAUUAAAUAACGAAGCGGAAAUGUGCGAGGUGCGGCGGGCGUGGGCAGAGCGACAACACGAGACGGCGAUGGAAAAGGUGCAGUAUGAGCUUGGGGAAGUGCGGGCGCAGAAUGCGAUGCUGGAGCUGCGCGUGAAGAAAUGUGAGGGGGAAAGGGAUGAGGCGAGGAUUGCGCGGCGGGCGGCGGAUGAUGGGUUGGAGGAGGUGGUGGAGAGGUGGAGGGGGGUGGAGGCGAUGAAUGCAUUGUUGGAGGGGAGGUUGAGGGGGUGGGAGAGCAGAGAGGAGGAGGAGGUGGAGAUGGAGGCGGCGGAACAGCAGGGUGUGUAUGAGGAGGAGAUUAGGGUGUUGAAGGAGGAAUUGAGGAUUGCGAAGAUGGCUGGGGCUCAGAAACCGGCUGGGGGGAAGUGA